AAGAUCUAUGCUAUCUCAAGAUGUAACACUUUAUUCAUUCCAUUUUCAGAUACACUCUUAACUUACUGGAAUAAAGUAUCUCCUCAGGAGCUCAUAAACAUCCUUAUACUUCUAGAAGUAUGUUUGUUUCACUUUAGAUAUAUGGGGAAAAGAAGCAAGGGUGCAUGAUGCCUGGAUGUCAAAACACUUUGGAAUAGACCGAAAAUCACAAACCAUGCCAGCUCUUCGAAACAGAUCAGGAAUAAUGCAGGCCCGGCUUCAGCAUCUUAGUAGCCUGGAAAGUUCAUUUACACUUAAUCACAGUUCUGCAACAACUGAAGCAGACAUUUUCCAUCAGGCACUUCUUGAAGGCAAUACUGCUACUGAAGUUUCCCUAACAGUACUAGAUACCAUAUCAUUUUUCACCCAGUGCUUCAAGUUUCCCUCAGCCUUUUUCAAAGGAAGGGUAAACAUGUGUGCUGCAUUUUGCUAUGAGGUUUUAAAGUGCUGCACAUCAAAGAUUAGCUCAACCAGGAAUGAAGCCUCUGCACUUUUGUAUCUUCUGAUGAGAAACAACUUUGAGUAUACCAAAAGGAAAACCUUUUUGAGGACACAUCUGCAGAUUAUCAUUGCUGUAAGCCAGCUGAUAGCUGAUGUAGCACUAAGCGGAGGAUCGAGAUUUCAGGAGUCUUUAUCCAUUAUCAGUAAUUUUGCAAAUAGUGACAGACCCAUGAAGGCAACUGCUUUUCCCACAGAGGUUAAAGACUUGACCAAGAGAAUCCGUACUGUUCUUAUGGCCACUGCUCAAAUGAAGGAGCAUGAGAAAGACCCCGAAAUGCUAAUUGAUCUCCAGUAUAGCUUAGCCAAGUCCUAUGCAAGUACCCCAGAGCUCAGGAAAACCUGGCUUGAUAGCAUGGCAAAGAUUCAUAUAAAAAAUGGAGAUUUUUCAGAGGCAGCAAUGUGUUAUGUCCAUGUAGCAGGUUUGGUUGCAGAGUUUCUUCAUCGAAAAAAGUUAUUCCCUAAUGGAUGUUCAGCCUUCAAGAAAAUUACUCCCAAUAUAGAUGAAGAAGGAGCAAUGAAAGAAGAUGCUGGAAUGAUGGACGUCCAUUAUAGUGAAGAAGUUUUGCUGGAGUUGCUAGAACAAUGUGUGGAUGGCUUAUGGAAAGCAGAACGUUAUGAAGUAAUUUCUGAAAUUUCCAAGUUGAUCAUUCCAAUUUAUGAGAAACGUCGAGAAUUCGAGAAACUUACUCAAGUUUAUAGAACUCUUCAUGGAGCUUACACAAAAAUUUUGGAGGUUAUGCACACAAAGAAAAGACUUUUAGGCACUUUCUUCAGAGUUGCCUUUUAUGGCCAAUCUUUUUUUGAAGAAGAGGAUGGGAAGGAGUACAUCUAUAAAGAGCCAAAGCUCACCGGCCUCUCGGAGAUUUCCCUGAGACUUGUUAAACUUUAUGGUGAAAAAUUUGGUACAGAGAAUGUCAAAAUAAUUCAGGAUUCAGACAAGGUAAAUGUCAAAGAGCUUGAUCCCAAAUAUGCUCAUAUCCAAGUCACUUAUGUGAAGCCCUACUUUGAUGACAAAGAACUCACAGAAAGAAAAACUGAGUUUGAAAGAAACCAUAAUAUCAGCAGAUUUGUUUUUGAGGCUCCUUAUACAUUAUCAGGCAAAAAGCAAGGCUGUAUAGAAGAACAGUGCAAACGCCGUACGAUCUUGACUACUUCAAACUCGUUUCCAUAUGUGAAGAAGAGGAUCCCUAUAAACUAUGAACAGCAGAUUAAUUUAAAGCCAAUUGAUGUUGCUACUGAUGAAAUAAAAGAUAAAACUGCAGAGCUGCAGAAGCUUUGCUCUUCUGCUGACGUGGACAUGAUUCAGCUCCAACUUAAAUUGCAGGGCUGUGUUUCAGUGCAGGUAAAUGCAGGUCCGUUAGCAUAUGCAAGGGCUUUCUUAAAUGACAGUCAAGCUAGCAAGUAUCCACCUAAGAAAGUAAAUGAGUUGAAAGACAUGUUUAGGAAGUUCAUCCAAGCAUGCAGCAUUGCGCUGGAACUAAACGAGCGGCUAAUUAAAGAGGAUCAGAUUGAGUACCAUGAAGGGCUGAAGUCAAAUUUCAGAGACAUGGUAAAAGAAUUGUCUGACAUUAUUCACGAGCAGAUCUUACAAGAAGACACAAUGCAUUCUCCCUGGAUGAGCAACACAUUACAUGUAUUUUGUGCGAUUAGUGGCACGUCGAGUGACAGAGGUUAUGGUUCCCCAAGAUACGCUGCUGAGAUAUGAGGGCAUGCAGAUGUAAAGUGAUAACAAGAAUGAACCUUCUCAGGAAUAUUUUGAGCUGUGCAAAUGUUAAAAUUUAAAGAUUUGAUAUACGUGGAGUGUUUUCUUCCUGACACCAAAAUUUUCAUGCUUUCAAACAGGGUGCUUACAUAUUUGUAAAUAUUUAAGCAACUUGAAAGUGCCUGGAAAAUUGCACCACUGUGCUUGGUUUGUACUUUUUUAGGUAAAUCUAUAUACUGAGAAGUAGAGCUCAAAAACGUUAAUUCGAUUUGCUCAGCUGUUGCUUAAAAUAAUAAUGGUACUGUGUAAAAUUGUAUAAUGGAACACAAUAAAAGGUAAAACUUAUUUGUAAUUAGAAGUGAAGGAAAUAAUACUUUGAACUUAGCAUUUUUCUUGACAGGAAGCCAAAUUUAUUAUCAUACUAAUCCUUGGAGAAAAAAAAUUGAUAAAAUUUCCAUAAAACAUGGAUACUUCCAACUGGGGAGAUGAUUUGAAAUCUUGCCUACCAGUGGUCAGGACUGGGCUAAGGGAAGCAAAAGCAUUAUUUAAAAAGGAAAAUUUCACAAAGAAAGGAUAUAUAUAGAAAUAGCAGGGUUACCGAUCCUUCAGGUUUUGAUCCAGUGAUGCUAGGUACUCCAGUUGGUCUCUCUGACAGACAAGACAAGGGAUUCCUUUGUGGCAUAGCUUUGCCUAGCAAGCAACGUUCGUUGCCAGAGCUUCAUCAGCUGAGGCUAUCUAUAAAGCUAAACAAAACAUCUCUGAGAUUUGCAGUCAGUACAUACUAUGCAACUUCAAAGCUUUAGCAGCAGAUUCUGAGGGUAGGGAUUUUGUAAUGAUCAUUUACAAUGGUCAUCAGUUUACAAGUUUAACAAGCAUUUUGAUAGAACUUGAUGGUUGCAGCGUUUCUUGGGUGGGUAUACAUAAGCACCACAGAUUUAGCAACUGCUAGCUAAGGAUUACAUCUCUAACUAUGAAGAAGCCUCAGACUACCUAAAUAAUUCAGGAGAAACCAAGAUGCGAAGAACUUUUUUAGCUUGAGUUAUCCAUAUAAUUUUGGCUGCCUUUCAUGUAAACUUUAAGUCCUAGACUUAUUUUUCUUAUGUAGUUCAGCUUAUUUUACAGACAAAAAAAAAAAAAAAGGGAAAACAGACACUGAUAUAUAAAUGGAUCGCAUGGAGCCUUGGCUUUUUAAAUACUUUGUGAUCAAGUAAACCUUAGAGAUUAUGCACCUGGCUUGGCCAUUUUUCUUUACACGUCAUUUUUAAGCUUUCAGGGGAGCAUGAAAUUAUCUAUGAAAUGUUAAUUUUGUAUUUAAUAGGGGAUUCAGAAAUUUCAGAGGCAGUUUGUAAUUCCUUAAUAUCUUGGGGUAACUGGAGAGUUAGUUUCACCUUUAAAGUGAUUAUAUUUGGCAUGUAUACGGAAAGAACCGUCACCUAGAGAGAGUGCUGCCUUCUGAGAAUGAGGCAUCUUGGGGAAACUUCAGUGCUCUUUUGUCAAUAACUAGCCCCUAUCAUGUCCCCCAGCAAAGUACUGUGCCCUGUGGAUAAUUUUUUAAAGUAUAACAAAUGACCCCCGCCCUCAAGGAACUUGCAAUCUAGUUGAGGAGGCAAGAUAGACACAAAAUUAAAUAAAACAAGAAUUGACAAUAUAAGACAAGAAAAGUUGUAUAUGAACAUUGACAGAUGAAGGACAUUGCCCAUAGCUCACAUCACAUUCAAGGAAUGAGAGGCCGCUGUGAGUUGUAAUGUUCAGGGAUGGUUUCAUGGGCAAAAGUAAGCCUUGAACAGGCUUUCAAAGGUGAGAGGGUGUUCUAGGCAGGAGGAACAUCAUAAGCAAAGGUGCAAAAAGAAUUUGCAGAAGUUCAGGGGAUGGUGAGACCAGUUUUGUUCAAGGGAGUAGUGGAAAGAAAGUUCAGACCUAGAUUUUGGAAGGCCUUGAAUACCAGGCUAAUAGUGUUUGGACUUUAGUCAGUACACAUGAGGGAGCCAGUCCAGGUUUUUGAACAGAGAGACUACUUGAUUAAAUGUUAUUUUUAGUUAUGAGUCCAUAAACCCAUAGAUGUGAACAAGAAUGGAGAAGAAAGGACAAGUACAAGAGAUACUCUGUGGAAAGACUGGACAUGACUUAUUGAUGGCUAAGGAGAAAAGAGGAAAAGUUAAAGAGAAUUUUGUGUCCUGUGGCCAGUGAGUUGUCGGGGUCAUAGCACAAUUUCACUAGAUUUUUUUUCACCAACUUUCAGACUGAGGUCAGAAAGCUAUAUACAGAGAACAAGGUGGGCUAGACUAGAGAGAGCCAGCGAAAUGUGUUUUGAAACACUGCAUAUAUUAGGCAUUACUGUUUAUAUAGUUUAAUGAUUUCAUGAAGUGAUUUGGCCUCUACAGAUUAAUUCACAUCAAAGAGUACGUUUCUGCUAUACUGAUUAUUUUUGCAGUUAAGCUUGAGUCCAGUUUCCCCUGGAAGCUCUUGUUUUGAUAG